AACAAAUUGAAAGUAGUAGAAGUGUUUCUGAGCAAAAUGCACCGCAUCUGUUGGCAUCAGCCAGGACUUACGUGACAACCUAGAAGAAAACCUAGAAGAAUAUUUCACACCAAACAGAUAUUUUCCGCAGUGAUGAUGUUUCUGAAGUAAAGUGAAGCACUGUUUGUCAUCCCAGCAUUUGAAUGUUGUCUCGGGGCUAUUCAGUUACGAUGGGGCGCAUAACAUGGCGAUUUUCACAGUGCCCAUCCAGACUGAACAUGUGGAUUCAGCAGAAGAAAGAGAACAUUGCUCUUUUAUAUAGAACAUUGUUCUACAACGACUUCUCCUCAUGGGCCAGUUUCGGGGACGCUUGUUUUGAACCUAUGUUUUGGUGUGUGGACCAUUUCACCAAAUACCUCGGCCCCAUCAUGGUCACAGUAGUUGUAAUUCUCACGACGUUGGUGGUCGGCAUCUUCUACGUGUGUCUACUGCCAAACAUCAUGUAUGAGGGCAACAUCGUCUCGACUACGUUCCACAUGGUGUUCGGUCACUGGCUUCUCAUGAUGGUUGUCUUCAACUACGUCAUGGCCUGUUUCUCCAGCCCGGGAUACCCACCGGAGGUUGUUCCAGAGAGUGUGUCAAUAUGUAAGAAGUGCAUCUCUCCGAAGCCUCCCCGCACUCACCACUGUACGAUCUGCCGCAAGUGUAUACUCAAGAUGGACCACCACUGUCCAUGGCUGAACAACUGUGUUGGUCUGCACAAUCACCGGUACUUCUUCAUGUUUUGUUUCUACAUGUGGUGCGGAACCAUCUACAUCUCCUGUAUCGGCUUUGAACUCUUCAAACAGCAUUUCCAUGGCAGCAAGCAUAUUCUUUUCCCUACAGUGUUGUACCCACUUAAGUAUAUAUUUACCAAGCCAGAAAGUAUAAUUGAGACAAAGAAGCUGGACAGUCCGGAUCUCACCGAAAGUGGCGCGGAUGUGACAGUGGUGUUCAGUAUUCCGCUGAAGGACCAGUGGAUUCACAACGCCAUCGUGUUCCAGUUCCUGCUGUGUACCGGGGUGUCGGUCGCCCUCGGUCUGCUCACUCUGUGGCACUGUCGGCUCAUCAGUCGGGCCGAGACCAGCAUAGAGGUGCACAUCAACAACAGGGAGAGGAAACGAUUGAAGAAAAAAGGACUUAUAUUUAGAAAUCCAUAUUACUUUGGCAUCGUUGAAAACUGGAAGAUGUUUUGGGGUAUAACCAAUUUCAGGUCAUUCUGUAGACGGGUUCUGCUUCCAUCAACUCAUAUAUCAGAGGGAAACGGUUUGCGGUGGAAGACUGCGACUUAUCGUCUCGAUCAAACUAACGGGCUUCAGUUGUUAUGACAUAAACUUCAUGCAGACUGAUUCAGUGAUAUUUAUACAUGCAUCGUAGUAGUUCUCAUAUACUCAAAUACUCAGGAGGCAGAUUGUCAUAGAUCAGGGUUUUAAAUCUCACUAAUUUGGCCACAACGUUGGAUUUUUGUCUUUUCCGAGCACAGGACGGUGGUUUUAGUUCUGUACUGUCAUUAACAGCUGCUGUAGGGUUGUCUGUAUUCAGAUAUUAAUUUCAACUUAUUUUAAUGUAAUUAAACUUAACAUUUCGGUGAUUUAUAUAUAGGUGAAAUAUUUCAAGGUCAGCAUGUUUGUACUUAAUUUGGGCGUGAUUGUUUAGGGCAUAUGUAUUUUGGGUGCAGUGUUUAUCACCUCGACUUUGGUGCAAUCUAAAGACCUGUAGAUGUUUUCAUAUAUUCUGUAAGAACAAAAUUAUGUGCUUCACAUUGUUACUAUCAUUCUGAUAUAUAUCUGAGCCUGUGCUUAUAAAACUUAAUAGGAGUUCAGACUCAAUCUCUAAUGACGUCAUAAGCAUUCAGUUUGUAUGGUGUUGCCAUGACAUUCACGUCUCAGACUCUUAUUAGUCUCACCGGCCUCGG